UUUCAACAUCAAGGCAUCAUCGUCCCACGGACCAUAAUCCCGAGACCUCGAUCUUGCUGGUGGUACCACGGCAUAUGAUAUCGAGUUUGAUCGACAAGUGGUUUACUUUGAUCGCGCAAAAUGUUACUCGUAUCAGUCCCCGUGUGGGAAAUGCGAAUACGCACAUCAAACGACACACAAUAAUGAGAUCACCAUCAUGAGUCUAUUGCCAUCUUCGUCAUCACCGCAAUUCAGGAUACAGGAUGGCUUCAGGUCCGGCUCCCACCAAAGAUCACUUACUCAGUAAUGUGGUGUGGGCUACUUUACUUCCUAACCUUGGAAAGAUAUAUCUGACUUAAAUAUUGCUUUUCAUCCGCUGGGUUUUUUGAAAUAACCUCCCUUCUAUGCAUACAUAAUAAGUCUACAAACAUCACAAUUUAUCGAGUCGAAUUCACCACAGAGACAAAAGACAAAAAACCAAUCAUGGCGUACAGAUCUCAAUUUCUCGUCCAGCGCAUGAUGCCUCGACUAUCAAAUCUACGUAUCGGCACCGGCACUGGGACACCACUACGAACAUUCGUCUCUUCCGGUCCAAGAACAAUCGGGACUUCUCAGAGUGGUCCUUCGAAUGACGCAUACAAGAAUAAUGAAGACGGAACGAAACCAAUCCCGGAACAUCCUAGGAACGACGACUCCCUGGCCACACACGUCGAAUCCAAGAUCGGCGAAAAGGCAACUAGUCGUCCGGACAGUGAUGGUGGGCGGUCGCACGCCACGGGGCCCAGCGCCGUGCCUGAUCCGGUCCAACGCGCUGCACCGGAGGGUCUCGAGAAAGCUCUACCCGAAAGUGUCCACCCGACCGAGACCGAUGGAAGUCAAAGUAAAAGUACGGCGAGCAUGAGCGGCGGCGGCAAGAGCCACGCCACGGGGAACAGUGUCGUCCCGGAAUCGGUUCAAAAGGUUGCUCCCGAGAAACUCGAAAAGGCGUUGCCAGAAGCAGUGCAUCCGACGAAAGGAAGCGAGAUUGAUCCUUAA